GGACACGUCAAAGACCGACCGCCAGUCCAUGGACGAAUGAUCUCACUGGCUGACUGUCGGUGAAUGAGAUAAACAAAGAGGCAGUGAUUAUUCAGACAAACAGACAACGCUUCCCAAGAUCCACAGGAAGAUGGAAACUGGUAUAAGUCAGGAGAAGUUAGCCACCUUUCUUAAACGGCUGCGGGCCGAGCCACGCUACCAGUUGGCCCAGAAUGUGUCAACCUGCAUCGAUCCAUUAGAGGUUUGUCUGCACCGACAGACUGUCCAGGAUACUGUGCACGUCUUCCAGCACUCUAUCCUCACAGAGGGCAAGCCCAUCACCAACCAGAAAAACUCAGGGAGAUGUUGGCUCUUCUCAUGCCUCAACGUUAUGCGACUUCCCUUCAUGAAGAAGUUCAACAUAGAGGAGUUUGAGUUUAGUCAGUCCUAUCUGUUUUUCUGGGACAAGGUUGAGCGUUGCUACUACUUCCUCCAGGCCUAUGUUGAGACAGCACAGAGGAAGGAACCUGUGGAUGGACGCCUGGUCCAGUACCUGCUUUCUAAUCCAACCAAUGACGGAGGACAGUGGGACAUGCUGGUUAACCUCAUUGAAAAGUAUGGCGUCAUUCCAAAGAAAUGCUUUCCAGAGUCACACAGCUCAGAGGCCUCACGCAGAAUGAAUGACAUCCUCAAUCAUAAGCUGAGAGAAUACUGCCUAAGACUGAGGAACAUGGUGGCCAGUGACGCCACUAAAGCUGAACUGUCUGAUGCUAUGGACACCAUGACAGAAGAGAUAUUCCGGGUGGCCAGCAUUUGCCUAGGCAGCCCUCCAGACACCAUCUGCUGGGAAUACAGGGACAAGGACAAGAACUUCCAUCGCAUAGGACCCCUCACCCCUCAGGAGUUUUACAGGGAGCACGUCAAACCCCUAUACAACAUUGAGGACAAAGUCUGCCUUGUGAACGACCCUCGACCCCAGAACUCAUAUGGGAAACUGUACACUGUCGACUUCCUGGGUAAUAUGGUUGGUGGCCACAAAACUCUGUAUAACAACCAGCCCAUCCAGCUGCUUAAAAAGGCUGCGGCACAGUCGAUCAAGGACGGAGAGGCGGUGUGGUUUGGUUGUGAUGUUGGGAAACAUUUCCAUGGCAAGCUGGGCAUUAAUGACAUGAAUGUGUUCAACCACGAGCUUGUCUUUGGAGUUUCAGUGAAGAACCUUUCGAAGGCAGAGCGGCUGAUAUAUGGAGACUCUCUCAUGACCCACGCUAUGAUCCUAACUGCAGUUACAGACAAGGAAGAGAAAGAAGGCUAUGAAAAGUGGAGGGUAGAAAACUCUUGGGGGGAUGAUCGAGGAAACAAAGGCGAGAGGACAAGAAGUAGCCCUGCUCCUCAUGGGUUGCACUCCCACACCCUGCAUUACAGUUACCUGAUCAUGACAGACGACUGGUUCUCUGAGUACGUGUACGAGGUGGUGGUAGACAAGAAGUUCCUCUCAUCUGAUGUCCUGGAAGUGAUGCAGCAGGAGCCAAUUGUACUUCCUGCCUGGGACCCAAUGGGAGCCCUGGCAUAACUAUAGAAAUCCAGAUUUUAGCCCUGACCUCUGCGCUGUUUGACUCCACUCUGUUCCUUGGCUGCUUUUACCUUUCAAAUAUUUCCCUGACACCAUCUUCCAAAACAGCCUGUUCUUCUAGACAAAAUAAUAAAGAUUUUGUUUUCUUUUUUACUGGA